UCUCUCUCUCUCUCUCUCUCUCUCUGUGGAGAUGGCACCCCAAUCUCCAAUCCAAUUCAUAGAAGCAGCGCUAUGGUGCACAGGCCCUUUUGAGCUAUCCUACACAGACCCUGACCAGAAAUGGCUCAUAAGAAAAGACAUGCUCUCACUCCUUCAAGACUUCCCCAACCUCAGCCCUUCAAUGGACGCCUACAUCCACAACGAUGGCUCAAUCGUGAACAUCCUCAAUGCCCAUGGCACAGUCCAUGUCUCCAGCUCUUCUCCCCAGGUGCCCCUCACCAUCUGGCUCCAUGAGAACUACCCUCACGCCGCCCCAAUCGUAAUGGUGGGCCUGCCGGGCGUGGCCUCCUCCCUGACGAUCCACCACAACCACCCUUUCAUCGACCCUUCGGGGCUCACCACUUCGCCGUAUAUCCAAACCUGGGAAUUCCCUAGGUGCAACCUCAAGGACCUUGUCCACAACCUUGUCAAGAUAUUCUCUCGUGACCACCCUUUUUCAUAUUCACCCACUUCUAGCCCCUUCACCCACCCAUCUGUUGUCUCCAAGAAGGAGGCGCUCGAUCGCCUUGCGGGGAUGCUUCACUACGACACCAUGGCCUGGAGGUCCGAGACCGAUGAGGAGAUUGAGGAGUUGCUGGCCUUGCAACAGGAAAUGGACCAGCGGGUUGCAACCGUGACGACUAUAGUCCAAGGGCUCGAGCGCGAGAGGUGGGAAUUGAGGGAUAGGGUGGCGCAGUUGGCCGAGGAAGCCGAUGUCUUGAUUAACUGGAUCAAAGUCCACGACCUCAAACGGGCCGUGGCCGCAGGGGACGACGGCAUAGAUGAUGUGUUUGAAGGAGUUGACGAGGAGUCCAGGUUGAGGCUUCAGUGCUCGGCUGAAGAUUUGUCUAUAGAGGAUACUAUUUAUGCAUUGGAUAAAGCAGUUGAUGAAGGGGCUGUUAAUUUUGAGACUUACAUUAGGCAAGUGAGGCAUUUGGCGAGAGAACAGUUUUUCCACAGAGACACGGUAGUUAAAAUUGAGACAUCCCAUCAACUUUUUCGGGACCAAGAAUAAGAAUCUUUCUGGUUUUGCCAGUCGGCAAAUUUUUUCACAUGUGAUAAGCUAAUCAAGGCGUAAUUGAAUCAAAUUGAUCACCUUCAGGGGUUUGCUGAAUGAAGGUCAAGUGCGAGGAGAAUGAACAUCUCUUCUGGAGGUUUUUGGAAUUCCCAUGUUUUCUUUUUGUCUGUAGCGCAGGCAUCUGAAACCUUUUCUCUGACUUAUCCUGUGGCAAUUAGGUAAUGGUGAUCAAGCGCUUGUUUGAGAUAGGGAUUGCUCUGAAUUUUAAAUCAAAUAAUGUCGGUAUUGCAGUAACCAGCGACGUUUUCACAAUGCGCUUGUUUGAG